CGUUUUUCCAAUCGACUCCAGAAAACUCUCCGCCGCCGCGGCCUAGCGCUCCCGGUUCCAGUUUCCUGUCAUUUUUUCACUCAUGUUCGUCUGUCCGAAUCCAAACCGAGCGGUACCCGCUGCCGUAUGAGCCGCUGAACACGGCACUGUCGAUUUAAACUGAGUUGUUACCCGGAAAGUGAGUGAAAUUACAGUAAACGGAGCGAGGGAGCGAUGACAUCCCGAAGGUGGUUCCACCCCAACAUCACAGGAGUGGAGGCAGAGAAUCUCCUUCUCACUCGUGGUGUGGAUGGCAGUUUUCUGGCGCGUCCCAGCAAAAGCAACCCUGGAGACUUUACACUUUCUGUCAGGCGAAAUGGCGCUGUCACACACAUUAAGAUUCAAAACACAGGAGACUAUUACGACCUGUACGGUGGAGAGAAGUUUGCCACCCUUGCUGAGCUGGUGCAGUAUUACAUGGAACAUCAUGGACAGCUGAAAGAGAAAAAUGGAGACGUCAUUGAGCUGAAAUACCCUCUGAACUGUGCCGAUCCCACCUCUGAGAGGUGGUUUCAUGGUCACCUCUCUGGUCGUGAAGCUGAGAAGCUGUUGACAGAGAAGGGCAAGAACGGAAGUUUCCUGGUGAGAGAAAGUCAGAGUCACCCAGGAGAUUUUGUGCUCUCCGUACGAACUGGAGAUGACAAGACGGACACCAGCGAUGGCAAACCCAAAGUCACCCACGUCAUGAUACGAUGCCAGCAUGACCUGAAGUAUGAUGUUGGAGGUGGGGAGAAAUUUGACUCGCUCACGGAUCUUGUGGAGCACUACAAGAAAAACCCUAUGGUGGAAACACUGGGGACAGUCCUGCAGCUCAAACAGCCUCUGAACACGACACGCAUCAAUGCAGCAGAGAUCGAAAGUCGAGUACGAGAGCUCAGCAAGCUUGCCGAGGCCACAGAUAAAGUCAAGCAGGGAUUCUGGGAGGAGUUUGAGACGCUUCAGCAACAGGAAUGUAAACUCCUCUACAGUCGCAAAGAGGGCCAGCGACCAGAAAACAAAAACAAGAACAGAUAUAAGAAUAUUCUUCCCUUCGAUCACACUCGAGUCGUGCUCACCGAUGGUGAUGUGAAUGAACAAGGUUCUGACUACAUCAACGCCAACCUCAUUAUGCCUGAUAAUGAGGCUAAAAGCAACAAUUCCAAGUUGAAAAGGAGCUACAUUGCCACACAAGGCUGCCUGCAGAACACCAUCAGCGAUUUCUGGAGGAUGGUGUUUCAGGAGAACUCUCGAGUCAUCGUCAUGACCACAAAAGAAGUGGAACGGGGAAAGAGUAAGUGUGUGAAGUACUGGCCUGAUGUGUCUGCACUGAAGGAGUACGGAGCCAUGCGAGUGCGCAACGUUAAGGAAACAAUGGCGCACGAUUACAUCCUGCGAGAGCUGAAGCUGUCAAAAGUUGGACAGGGAAAUACAGAGCGUACAGUUUGGCAGUACCAUUUUCGUGCCUGGCCUGAUCACGGUGUGCCUGGAGACCCUGGCGGCGUCUUGGACUUCCUGGAAGAAGUCAAAUUGAAGCAGGAGGGCAUAACUGGGGCUGGACCCAUCGUAGUGCACUGCAGUGCUGGAAUUGGACGAACAGGAACAUUUAUCGUGAUUGAUAUAUUAAUAGACAUCAUCAGAGAAAAGGGAGUGGACUGCGAUAUCGAUGUGCCCAAGACUAUCCAGAUGGUGCGAUCUCAGCGUUCAGGAAUGGUACAGACUGAAGCCCAGUAUCGCUUCAUCUACAUGGCCGUACAGCAUUAUAUUGAGACUCUGCAGCGCCGCAUAGAGGAGGAGCAGAAAAGUAAAAUUAAAGGACGAGAGUACACCAACAUCAAAUAUUCUCUCUCUGACCUGACUGGAGGAGAUCAGAGCCCUCUGCCACCCUGCACACCAACACCAACCUGUGCUGACAUGAGGGACGACAGCUCUCGAGUCUAUGAGAAUGUGGGUCUAAUGCAGCAGCAGAAGAGUCACAGAUGAGACCCUGAUCCCAGCACUGUCCAAAUCACAGGAACUGUUUUUGUUGUUGCCAGACGCUCCUGAACACCUAAGAAGUGAUCAUGACUAAACUGAGAGACGACAAAAAAGCCAAAAAAAAAAGUUAUAAAGAAAAAAAAAAUUCCAGAGACCGGUCCACACAAGCUCAGAGACAUGUGGAUGGAGUGAAUUUCAUUUCUCCUUCCUGCUACGUAGCCUUUUAACCCCACACUAAGAAACCACUGUGACGAUCAUGAAGCCUUAUACUGAAUAAACCCAAAACAGCCCCUGCAAAAUCAUGUUUUUUUGGGUGUAGAGUUUUCUAAAUGCGAUUCAGGCUACAUUUAGCGGGUGUGGGAAAAGCUUGCGCUUUGUUCAUCUCUUACGUCAUUUUUUUAAAAAUCUGUCUCUUUCGAACCAAGUGAGAACCCUUUCUGGAAAGCAUUAAGUGUAAUAAUCUAGCAGAAAACGGAUCCUAUCAUCACAUACGCCUUGGCUAAAAUAAUUAGAAACAGAGGAGAAGCAAUUCACCGCAAAGGAAAGGGAUGCUCUUCAUCGUUGAUUCAUUUUAUAUGCAGUAAAAAGGCCAUCUUUGUGCUAGUGCUAAAUAAUUCACAUUGGAGGAUCCCAAUCAUUCUCGUCCAUUUACACAUCCUCUGCCUUCAGUUUAAACCCAGCGUCCUUAAGACUUUGCUUCAAGCAGCAGGAGAACUUCAGUCCAGACGGGUCGGUUUGCCUUUUUGUCCCCUAUGAGAUCGACACCCCGAGGACUUUUCCGUGGGACGAAAUGUCCGUGUCACUGGCUUGUUUGUGUUACUGAAUUAUUGUUCUGCUGCAUCAGGCCACCCAGCAGCUGCUUUCGCUUGGCUGCGAAUCCUGUUUCCUAUUAUUUUUUAAUGAUAUUUCGCUGUCUUUUUAAAGAAAAUAGUGUGUUAUUUACGUCAAAGCACCGUACGAACUUAAUUUCUAAAUCACUGUUUUAAGAGUGACUGCACAUUUCUAGCUUGCAGAGCAGUGGAAGUAAUUUGGGUGUUACUUAGGCCCUUUAUGAUGGACAAACUUGACGUUUGGAUUGUUUUUACCAGGUCACAAGCCGCCAUUUUCUUGCAAUGCCGUCUUUUUUUGGCUUCAAUAGUAAACACUAACAGCUAACACUUUAAUCUUUGCUUGUUUCACUAAACCAAAUUCAUUUCAACUAGUGUUGCUUAUGUUCGAGGUCAGCAGUGUUUUGUCAUUUGUUUAUUUAACAUUUUCACAAGUGCUUUGAGAAAUUCCCUUCAGAAUCAGAUUUUCGUUCUCAACCGUCGGUGUGUUUUCUGUUUAAUCGCUAUUAUCUGACCUUGACUUUUGAACAUGAUUCCUUAUGCAUUUAAAACACAAGUCGGUGCUCUUCGAGUUGGCUUACCGACAUACUGUAGUGUCUCUAUCGUCCUGAUAUGUGUAUGUGUGUUUGUUUCUUGGAAAAAAAAAACUGCUGUUCGUUUGCUUUUUGAUGUCUUCUUUUGCAUUCAUGCUUUCUUUUUUUUCUUUUCUAACUUUGACUCGGUGUCAGUGACCAAUAUUUUCCUUUUCUUUCAUUUGAAACAAAGAUUAGUCCUCUUGGCUACCCAGAAAGCAUUACAGUCCAAAGCAACUAAUGUGAAUUUUUGUUUUGUCAUCGUGAAGAGAACGAAACGGUUGUAGAACUCAAUGCAAACUAUAUUUUUUAAAAACUUGUAUAUUGUACAUGAAUAUCUUGUAGAGGAGAAUGUACUUACUAAACAUAUGUAAUUGCCAUUAAGAUAUACUGUAUGUUUAACCCAGCAGCAUCUCUUCUCGUGCCAGACGGUGAGCCUUACCGAAGCUAAUAAAUAGGGUUGAUCAUGUUGUCGUUCGGCUAUCAAUGCAAUUAACCCAACAUUUCAACUCCUUGAUAACAAUAAACAAGAAGCUCACAUCUUCA